AUCCUCUCCUGCCUCUCUGGCCCGCGCCCGGGUGGAGAGUAGAUAUCCCAGAUUUCCGCGCGGCACCGGCCCUUCCGCCACAGCAGCCAUUGAAGAAUAGCAGCCAUGGCUGUGCGCUACCCGAUGGCCGUGGGCCUCAACAAGGGCCACAAAGUGACCAAGAAUGUUAGCAAGCCGAGGCACAGCCGCCGCCGCGGGCGCCUCACCAAGCACACCAAGUUCGUGCGGGACAUGAUCCGGGAGGUGUGCGGCUUUGCCCCCUAUGAGCGGCGCGCCAUGGAGCUGCUCAAGGUCUCCAAGGACAAGCGGGCCCUCAAGUUCAUCAAGAAAAGGGUGGGGACACACAUCCGAGCCAAGAGGAAGCGAGAGGAGCUGAGCAACGUCCUGGCCGCCAUGAGGAAGGCGGCUGCCAAGAAAGACUGAGAGCGUCCCUGCCUGUCUGCUGUAACCGUACCCCGCCCCCCACCACCACAGUAAUAAAGCUUUUCCAGAAACGUG